GGCUUCAUGAGAGGGUAUAAGUACCCUCCCCAGGUUACACUUGUCUGUAGAAUGACACCAUGCGAUCCUGGGCACCUCUCACCCUCCUGGUGCUACUCUUCACCCUGUGGACAGAACUGAAGGCUAUAUCAGGUCUAUGCAAGGCCCAGGAAGACCAAGGCUUCUGUCGAGGCUACUUCCUACGCUGGUACUAUAACAGGAAGUCCAAGAAGUGCGAACCCUUCAUCUAUGGGGGCUGUGGGGGCAAUGCCAACAACUUCCACUCCAAGAUGCAGUGUAUUGGAAAGUGCAUGGUCUGGGGCUAAAGAGAAGAACCUUUCUAUUGUCAAGCAGAGCCCAGCCUCCCCUGGCCUCCAGAGGGUUCAGCCUGCAGACCUCCAUACCAGUCCCUGGGUCUCCAUGCCUCUAUUCUCCUGUUCAUUCCAGGAACUAUUUCCUCUCCUUCCCCCAUCUAGCUGCAUCCUCCUUGUCUCUCUCCAUAAACUCUCAGUCCCAUGUUUCCAUUAACCCUCCCUUCAGGUCCCUGAAAUAAAGUACCCAUCUACUCAUGGAACUGUUCAGCCUGUCACCUCCCAGUAGCCUUUGCUCCAUGUGCAGCU